CCAAGCUUCACGAUAUGGCAGGUUUGCCUUGACUAUAUAUACUGAACAGUCCGCGGCAGCGUGCGAGAGUUGUUCGCUUCCUCUGAAGUUUGCCGCUGGUUCGGCGACACCAGCGUGGGACAUUGUCAACGUCAUUCACACAUCCAUAUUCGCGCAUCUCGCCGCGCAUACCUAGCACACGUCCACACCAUUGAGAAAGCAUAUCAAGAUGGCGUCAUCGCCGAUAAACACGCUCACGAUGCCGCCGCGCUUCAACAUCGAGCUUGAGCGUGCCGACGCCGACGUGCCAUUCCGCGCCUCUCAGUCGCACAUCCACCACACAUGGGCGCGCACCUUCCAUGCACGUCCGGAGCUCUACAUUCGCCCGCAGUCGCUGCAGGAGAUACAGAAGGUCGUGACCCUCGCCCGCCGCAUGCGCCGCCGCGUCGUUACUGUGGGAUGUGGACAUUCGCCUUCAGACCUCACUUGUACCUCGGCGUGGAUGGUGAACCUCGAUGACUUCAAGGAAGUCUUGAAGGUGGACAAGGAGCGCAGUACCAUGACCGUACAAGCCGGUAUCCGAAUGCAUAGCUUGAAUGAGCAAGCGAGGGAGCAUGGACUUACAAUGCCGAAUCUGGGCAGUAUCGACGUGCAGAGUCUUGCAGGCGCGAUUGCCACAGCGACACACGGCAGCUCUAUGGAACAUGGAUUGUUGUCUGAUCGCGUGCGCAGUCUGCGUAUCGUUCUUGCAAACGGUCAGGCGGUGCGCUGCUCUGCCACCCAGUCUCCAGACUUGUUCCGCGCAGCACUCGUCUCACUCGGCGGCCUUGGCAUUAUCGUGGAAAUCGAAUUCGAGCUGGUGCCGCACACCGACAUUGAAUGGAUACAGACUAUCCGCCCUAUCGAAGACGUACUCGCAGACUGGAAUAAUGGCCUUUGGACUUCGAACGAGUUCGUACGCGUGUGGUGGCUGCCCUACAUGAAGCGUGCCAUCGUCUGGCGUGCCUCAACCACCAAGAAAGAACACAUCACACCCCAGUACAACUGGUAUGGCGGCAGCGUAGGCUACCACACCUACCACAUCCUGCUCUGGAUCAGCCAAUACGUCCCCCGCUUCUUGCCUUGGGUAGAGUGGUUCGUCUUCGGCAUGCAAUACGGCUUCAAAGACGGCGCUGUCAUCUCUGCAGUUGAAGAACAACGCACCGGUCUUCUUAUGAACUGCUUAUACUCUCAGUUCGUCAACGAAUGGUCAAUUCCCCUGCACCAAGGCCCUGAAGCCCUCACCCGCCUCACCAACUGGCUCCACGGCGACGAAGUAUCCUCCGGCAUCCCAUUCACCUCAAAGGGCCUCUACGUACACUCUCCCAUCGAAGUCCGCGUCGCAAACACCACCAAGCGUCAAUCACCGCGCCCAUUCCUCGACACUACGUACCCUGACACACCCACCCUGUACCUCAACGCUACGCUAUACCGCCCCUACAACCAAGACCCGCCCUGCCGCGAACGCUACUACCAAGCCUUCGAGCACUUGAUGAAAGAGUACAACGGCCGCCCGCACUGGGCCAAGAACUUCCAGACCGUCGACCACUCUUACCUUUCGCAAGCUUACGGUGAGGACCUGAGCGAGUGGACGCGUGUGCGCAACGAAGUUGAUCCCCAGGGCAUGUUCCUUGGCGCAUGGCACCGUCGCACAUUGCUGCCAAGCAAGACCGAGAUGCCUGUCUUCCCGCUCGAGGAGAAGGAAGUCCUGCGCCGCGAUCGCCGAACAGGCGGCCAGGACUGGAUUGGCGAGCAAGCGCGGUGGUGGGACGGCGGUGUUGACGUGUUCGAGAAGACGAACCCGGAUUCUGAGGAGCACAGUGAGAGCGGAGAGUCAUUUGAUCUGAUGGCUGGUGCGGAGGCUGGGAGCAGUGUGUUGCUGGAGAGUUUGAGGGAUGAAAUGACAGAGAAGGAGUUGCAUGAGAGGACCUCGCAUACCGAAACGACAACGCUACUUGGGUCCAUGAGCGAAUUUGUGCACACCGAAGAGAGGCUGUCUGACGAGAGGCAGGAUGUUGAGCAAUUCAUCAAGGAAGGAGAUGAUGGCAGCGGUAAUUUCAAUAAAAUGUAGAUGUUGUAUCGCGUGGUAUCAAAGCGAUCUACACUCAACCAGCAUUCCGGUUUGAAAAUAACGCGCGUGCAUGGUUGCCAACGUCUAAAUGCAUUCCUUGGGAAUUACUGGGUGAGCCAGCUACCGUGCUGUAUUUCAU